CAUCCUCUUGGCCUCUUUCCCACAAGUCAUGUCUGCCCCAUCCAAACCUUCAGUCCAAGAGCACGACUCCGAAACCCUGCACGGUGUCCAAGCCCUGCUUUUCGAUGUGUUCGGCACUGUCGUCGACUGGCAUGGCUCCGUCACGGCCGAGCUUAGAACUCUGGGCGCAAAGCACGGUAUGGAAGACGCGGACUGGGAUGAAUUUGCCAGGACCUGGAGGCAAGGCUACAUGCAGACGACUAAACGCGUCGCAGCGGGCGGCCCCGGCACGAGGGACGUCGACCUCAUGCACCGGGAGAUCCUCGAAAAUCUCCUUUCGACCCCCGCGUGGCGGAAGUUGGGGGACCGGCUGGAUAAAGGGGCCCGGGAUGCGUUGAAUCUUGUCUGGCACAGGCUGUAUGGCUGGUCCGAUUCUACGCCGGGUCUUUACGCACUCAAGAAGCAGCUCCUGAUAUGCACCCUAUCAAACGGCACUGUGCGCCUUCUCGCGGACAUGGCCAAGUUCGCGGAUCUCCCGUGGGACGUCGUAUUCUCCGCAGAUAUGUUCGAUUCGUUCAAACCAGACCCCCAAGUUUACCUCGGCGCCGCGCGCAAACUCUCGCUCGAACCGCAUCAAUGCGCCAUGGUCGCGGCGCACAUCUAUGACCUUCGAGCCGCGGCGGCGCUUGGCAUGUGCACGGUCUAUAUCCCGCGUGGAGAUGACGGGGAGGGCUUGGAGGCGGGGGUGAAGGCCAAGGCGGAAGGCGGAGAGGUGGAUGUCGUCGUGAGGUCGUUUGAGGAUUUGGCGGCGGUUCUGGCGGCGAGGCAGCAGUGAGAAUGAAAGUGAUUGGAAUGAAAUCCCUCAUAUGCUGUACAUGUAAAAGAACUGAAGGUGUAUUUUUUGUUGUUGUGGCCUGCGACAAUCCG